CCUCCCUUCUCCAUGUGGACUCUCUGUUUUAUUCUAUAAUUUUCAGCCUGAUCGGGACUUUUCUUUAGUGCAUCACAUGGACUCGGGCAUUUGGGAUCACUAGCUGUGGCCUCCGAGAAGCACUAAAUCUCUCUGUUUUCCGUCGUAGUUUUUCUCCGUUGGUUUGUUUAGUGCAUUUUAACAGUCGAAACAAAAUCCUUGCGAAAAGUCGAGAUCUUGACAAUCUGAUCAAGGGGCUUCCUUUGAUUCUGACUUCCCCUUUGUUAAUGUUGAACAUGAUGAUGGUCUCUAUGCCUGUUGUUUGCUGCCGUUCGCAGGCCCAUUGAUGGAUGUGCCUGAAUCUGUGAAUCUCGUGUUCGGGGAUGUGGUUUGAUCUUUCUCCUCUGCUCACGUCUUUGUUUGUUGUCUUUUGUUUUCCGGUCCAUGUCCGGAACCUUUUGAUACAUUCACUCAGUUUUUUAUAUGUGCUAAAUAAAAAAGAUGUUUGCUUUUGCUGGUUUUACUGUCAAACCAGGAUCUGCAUCCUUGAGUUUGCCAAAUCGAUGGUUCUCCAAUGGGACAAAAAAGAGAUUUUCUUUUCUUUUUUAUCGAAUGCUAUGUGGGAUCUUUUCGGGACACCAGCUUGGAUGCCUUGCUGAAGCUCCUUGUGAAUCUGUGUUCAGGGAUCCUGGUGUUCUAGAGGGAGAGGAGAGGAGAGGAGAGAGAUGCUGAGGGGAAUGAACAAGGUCCAGAAAGAUCACUGCAAAGGGCAGCUGCUGUCUGAUUCCACCUCCGAUUCGUGCUUCUCCUCCAAUGGCUUGAUCCAGAAGGCCAGGAACGCCACACUGUUCAGUGUUCCUGGCCUCUUCGUAGGGUUCAGCGCCAAGGGCUUAUCGGAGUCCGACGCAGUCAGGAGCCCCACGUCCCCCUUGGACUACAAGGGGUUCUCCAACCUCGGCCACUCCUUUCUCGGUUUCUCUCGAUCGGCAAGCCUGGAUGGGAAGCCCAGGUGCUGGGACGGCACCCGGGUAGGCCUGCGCCUGGUGGAUACCCUCAACGACGAGACCAAGCCUUGUGGGAAGCUUUUGGGGCUCUCCGAAAGCAGCAACAUACUGUUUGCUCCACGCAUGAGGAUCAACAUCUCUAGCCCCAAACCUCACCUUGUCGGCCCGGGAGAUGACUGCACAGGCGCAGCUCCCAAGUCUUUGCCGAAGGACUACCGCACUUCCCCACAGACUGGUAGAUCCAAAGGAGCUGAAUCAGAAUGUGGAGAGGUCGGAUUGCUGAGAUCUUGUUCGGUGGUGGUUAGCACAUCAUCCUCGACGCCAAUCGACUCCAAGUCCGAAUCUGAAGUCUUUGCAUCAGAUUCCAAGAGUUCCAUGGCGGAAGGAAGUGCCAAUUUUGACAAGCUUUCUGGGUCCCUCCCUGUCUCUAUUGGCGGCUCACCCUGUGGAGUCAUCGCUUCUCUUUCCGCAAGCGAAAUCGAGCAGUCGGAGGAUUACACCUGCAUUAUAUCGCACGGUCCCAAUCCUAAAACCACUCACAUUUUUGGAGAUUGCAUUCUUGAAAGCCACAGCUUUCCGUCGCGAGAUCUUAGGAAGAAGCAUAGAAAAGAUGAGGAACGGUCGGCCUGGCUGCUGAAGCCCUCCGAAGAAGGUGCACCGCCCUGCACCUCCAGUGACUUCCUCCGCUGCUGUUUCUCUUGCAAGAAGAAGCUGGAGGAGGGGAAAGACAUCUACAUGUAUAGAGGUGAGAAAGCAUUCUGCAGCUGCGACUGCCGUGACCAGGAAAUUUUGAUGGAAGAAGAGAUGGAGGAGAAGCCCACGUUUGGUUCAUCUGGUUCGUCAACUUCGUCCUUUCACGAGGAGAUAUUUCUGGAGGACAUGACCAUGGCUGAGUAAGGCGGAGGUUUGCCAGAUUCCCGGCGCACGUUUGAUCCGCGAGCACUGAGAUUGCUACGGCAAGCAGCUUGAUCAUCCGUCUCUCAAGAGCUGUCUAUGUGAAUCUUUAGCGGCCAUGGAUGAUCAGCAUGUACAUUCAUUUGUUUGCUGAUUUCGUUACAGUGUCCGUGGUACUGUUGGUGGCGAACAUCUAUUAAUUGCCUACGCUCCUUGUCUUGGUA